AGAAGAAGAAGAACAACAACAACACGCGAGAAAAUCCAGAUCUUUCCCUCUCUCUCUCUCUUUCCGCAUCUCACUUUUUCCAUCCUCGAAGAACCCUUUUCUUGCCCUCUACUUUCUGUGGAAAUUUCGUAUUCUCGCUUCUUCGUUUGUUAAUUUAACGUGGAUUCCGAUCGUUUGGAGUUACUGGAAUCGGAGAGAUCGUAUUUCGUCAAGGACAAGACAAGUGUAGAUAAGACUUAAAUGCAGAGAAAUCGAGUGAAUGUAUUCAUAAGCCCCACUUUAAGAGCAGAUCUGGAGCUUUCACUAGGAUUCUGCUAAUUUCGUAUACUAAGCUGGUAGAAAUUAUCAAGAAGCACAAAAAGGUUUGUUUUGUCUCAUAAGUGAUGGUGCAAUAAGUCACAUGCAUGUCCUCUGAAUCCGCGUAGCAUCAAGAAACUUUCCCUUUGAAUUGAUGAUGUCAGGAGUUGAAGAAAACGGAACCCUUGAGGAAAUUAGGGAGAGAAGAUCAGACUUUGAAAUCUCGGAAGAUGAGAGGCGGCGCUCCAAAAUCGGGAAUUUGAAGAAGAAAGCGAUUAAUGCUUCCACCAAGUUCACUCAUUCUUUGAAGAAAAGAGGGAAAAGGAAAAUUGACUAUCGGAUUCCUUCAGUCUCCAUCGAAGAUGUACGGGAUGAAAAAGAGGAAAGCGUUGUGCUUGAAUUCCGCCGCAACCUUCUCGAGAGAAACUUGCUGCCUCCUAGACAUGAUGAGUACCAUACUCUUCUGAGAUUCUUGAAAGCGAGGGAUCUUAACAUUGAAAAAACUAUCCAGAUGUGGGAAGAAAUGCUUAGAUGGAGAAAAGAGUAUGGGACAGAUACCAUACUAGAGGAUUUUGAUUUCAAAGAGCUGGAAGAAGUUCUGCAAUAUUAUCCUCAAGGGUAUCAUGGAGUUGACAAGGAAGGAAGACCUGUCUACAUUGAAAGACUUGGAAAAGCUCAUCCCGCUAAGCUUAUGCGUAUCACCACCAUAGAUAGAUAUCUCAAAUACCAUGUGCAAGAGUUUGAGAGAGCUCUCCUUCAGAAAUUCCCUGCAUGCUCGAUUGCAGCCAGGCGUCGAAUUUGUUCCACGACUACAAUACUAGAUGUGCAAGGACUGGGCAUGAAGAAUUUUACACCAACAGCUGCAAAUCUUGUGGCUGCCAUGUCGAAGAUUGACAACAACUACUAUCCUGAGACGUUGCACAGAAUGUACAUUGUAAAUGCUGGGACAGGUUUCAAAAAGAUGCUUUGGCCUGCUGCUCAGAAGUUUCUUGAUGCAAAGACCAUCGCAAAGAUACAUGUGCUAGAACCUAAAUCUUUGUCCAGAUUACACGAAGUUAUUGAUUCAAGUCAAUUGCCAGACUUCCUCGGAGGCUCAUGCUCUUGCUUUGGCGAUGGAGGGUGUCUUCGCUCGAAUAAAGGACCCUGGAAUGAUCCUGAAAUAAUGAAGCUCAUCUAUCAUGGAGAGUCAUCACUCUUUAGACAAAUCACCAGGAAGCUGAGUGACCCACAGAAUUCUUCAUCCUACAUAAGUAUACAUCCAUCGAAGGCUAUGCAAGCUGAGACUUCUGCAGCAGAAUGUGUAUCUUGUUCUGAUGUUCCUACUUCUCUAACUGGAAGGGUGUGCGCAGCCUCUGCUCAUGUGAAUCCAGCUUAUGAGGAAGCAAGGGCAUCAGAUGUUAAUGGCUAUUAUAGUUGCGAUGACAAGUUUGCCAUACCUAACAAAGCUACUAACCGAAAAGGCCAAGAAAGGCAAUCCCACUACCAAAUGCUGGAACUCAAUCAAACAACACUCGGUUUAAAACAUGAAACAUCUCCACCAGGUGCUCCCAUCAUACGAUGGCUUCAUGAUUUAAGGGGAACAAUUGACAGCAUAAAAUCUGAGAACCUAGCCAAAAGGGUACUCUCGUUUAUGCUGAAACUAGCAGCAGUUUUCCGUUAUAUCCCGUUUGAGCUUUCGAGAAGACAAAACACCGUUACUCCUUCAAACCCAACAGAAGAUAAUAAUAGGAGAAGCCUCAUUCCAACUUCUACAGAGCUCACAAUGAAAGACCGGAUUCUUCCGUGUUUGGAGCGUAUUCAGAAGCUGGAGAAAAAGUAUGAGGAAAUCCGGAACAAACCCGUUGAAAUUCCCGUAGAGAAGGAGAGAAUGCUGUUGGAUUCUCUUGACAGAAUAAAAUCGGUUGAGUUUGAUCUUGUUAAAACAAAGAGGGUUUUGCACGCCACAGUGAUGAAGCAGAUGGAAAUAACCGAAAUGCUGGAAAGUUUAAGAGAGUCCCAACUUCACAGAAGAAGAUUGUUCUGUUAGAAACCAUUAGAGAACAUCUGAGUUUUGCAUAAAAUACAGCUCCAAACUUCUGCACAUACAGAGAGAGAAAAAAAAUCCAAUAAACAAACGGUGUUAGUUUCUUAAUCUCCUUCCUCCUCUAACUUCUGUUAUCUUUCUUUCCUCAUAGGUCCAUCUGCUUCCACUUUUAAAUUAAAAAAGAAGAAGAUAGGGACAGUGAAAAUCUUUGAUGUUCGAUCUUGUCGUUGAUAAUGUAGAUUGAGAUCAGAGUUGAAGUAUCAAGCUGAUUUCCAAACCCUUUUGUUGUAAUCGGUGUAGAGAAGAAACUACACUAGAAGAAAAAAAAAGAAUCGUAUGAGAUUUUGUAAAUCUUUUUUAAGGUAAUAUGAUGAGGAAAACACUACCGAGUCUCUAAUGUCUUUACU